AUGAACCAGAGGAAAUAUGCUUUGGAGUUGAUUUCUGAUUUGGUGCUAGCUGGAUCCAAGCCUCUUGGUGCUCCUCUAGAGAUGAAUCUCAAGCUUACCUCUGCAGAGUUUGAUCAACACGUUGGCCAAUCUCAGGAUACUUUGUUACCUGAUCUUGGAGGCUAUCAGAGGCUUAUUGGUCGACUACUCUAUCUCACCAUCAGCAGACCAGAUAUUUUCUAUCUUCAGGCCUUUUCUGAUGCUGGCUGCGCCUCCUGUCCAGUUAGUAGGAGAUCUACCACUGGCUAUGUGAUCAAAUAUGGGAAACCUCUUAUUUCAUGGGAAUCCAAGAAACAAUCCACUGUGUCUCACAGCUAUGCUGAGGCAGAAUACAGAAGUUUGGCCUCCACAGUUGCUGACAUUGUGUGGCUUACUAGCACGUUCAAGGAACUCAAUGCUCCACUCUCUUUGCCAGUGCCUUGGCAUUGUGAUAGAAAAUCAGCCAUCCAAUUGUUGCUAACCCUGUCUUUCAUAAACGUACCAAACAUAUCGACAUAG